UAUAGAUUAAAUGAAGGAAUAUCCACGAAAAAAGUAUUUUUUCUUGGAAUUCAUGCACUUUCAAUUACAGACAGUCAUUACCUUUUGGGUAUGCAAUAGCUAGUUUUUAGCUGAAACCCUGUAAGGAAAGCAACAUGUUAUUAGGGAGCCUAUCGUUUUCAUGCUUUACUCUGCUACAUGUAUAUACAGAUGUCAAUAGCCAGUUGAUUCCAGAAAAUCAUAGACUUGCUUGUUCAGAUAAUGAAACAUUAACAUUAGCAUGUUUAAACGGAGGAUCAUGCUUUGCUGUAUAUGUAGAAGGCAGAAUAGUGCAAUGUGCAUGUAUAAGUAAAUAUAUAGGAAGGCGGUGUGAAAUGAUAGACCCAGAAAUGAUAUUUGACGACAAAGAAAAUGGACAAGAAGAAGUCGCAAUUGGAUUAAUCUCAGGUUUUGCAGCAUCAAUUUUCCUAUUUUUUGUUUUUCUGAUAAUUGGCUGCGUUUGGUUUAUAAAACAAAAACCUGCUGGUAUCCAGUAUACAGCAACCAGAACCAACUGCUAGUUUUCGUUGUAUCUACACACAAAU